AUGCUCUCCUCACCUGACAUAUAUCUCGUUCCAACCAACCCACCCGCUUCGCCCAUCCACAUCGCGCAUAUCCCAAAUCACCUCGUCCUAAUGGGGAUUACAGAAAUGGGUCACGACGUCUUCUAUACCGUUGCAGGAAAUCUUUCCGUUGAAACGUUCGACGUUCAGCUGGGCUCCUUUUCGAUCUGGGAGGUUGAUUUACGAGGCUUACCCGGCCUCCCUGAAGGGAUUCUACUUGCUGCCGACAGUGAGAAUGGGGUCGUAUGGUCAAUCAACGCCCGUACGGGACAGACAGCGAUAGCUGUCAACAAUACGUCAAUGGCUCCUGUCCCAUCGUCCACUGUGCCUUUGGGAGUCAACGGUCUUCACGUGGUAAGUCAGAACCUAUACUACACCAACACCAAUAAGGCCUCGCUGUCUCGUGUCCCGCUGAACAUGACCACCGGCGAGGCUGUCGGCCCUACGGAAACGGUGGUCCAGAGCUCAGAGAUCUAUCCGGAUGAUUUCACCAUCGACUUCAGUGGUAAUAUAUGGUUGGCGAGCGAUGCGUACAAUCAAUUGGUCUUGUUGCCAAACGCGACUGCAACCUCCGUGUCAGCAUCAUCCAGCAUCCAAAUUGUCUCGGGGAGCCGUCGGGCAAAGAGAUUCAUGGGACUCUCAGCAACGGCCUUCGGAACAGGCGUCUUGGACUUACAGCGAGGCAGCUUGUACGUGACGAUCAACGGUGGCAGGGAACAAUACAAAUACAAGAAUUGGACUAUGGGAGGAAGUUUACUGAGAUAUGACAUUGCUUCAUACUAUUCGAAGUAG